AUGGAAGUAGCCAUUAGAUGCUAUAGUUUAUUAGUUGCAAGCCUAGAACCUUCAAAUUUAUCAUUUCGUGUUACAGAUUACAGAAAGUCAAGCAUGUUCCGUACUUUGGAUACUUUCGAUACCGAAUUUUCCGCUGAUUCAGUUGAAUGGUGUCCAAUAGAUUCCUUCAAAGAUGUAUUUGUUUGUGGAACGUAUCAAUUAAUGAAAGACGAGAAUUUACCAUCCAAUGUAUCAUCAAAACGUUUAGGAAGAAUUUAUCUAUUUCAAAUUGUACAAAAUGGACGCUUAAGAAUAUUGCAAAAAUUAGAAGUACCCGCUGUAUUGGAUAUGAAAUGGGCGCAUGUUACAUUACAAAAUAAAAUUUUACUCGGUGUUGUAAACUCUUUAGGGCACUUACAAAUUUAUCAACUUAAAAAUGAUAACGAAAAGAUAACUUUAGAAUUAUUAGUGCAGAAGAGAGUUGGCGAUGAAGUACUUGCAUUAUCUUUAGAUUGGUGUACCGGAAGAUUGAUGAAUGAAGACAGUUUAAAAAUAGUAGUUAGCGACUCAGAAGGUUUCGUUUCAUUGUUUGAGUUAAACGAAAAUGAACUUAAUAAAAUUAAUUCAUGGUCAGCACAUGGAUUUGAAGCAUGGAUUGCAGCUUUUAAUUAUUGGGAUACAAACAUCAUAUAUAGCGGUGGCGAUGACUGUAAAUUUCAAUGUAUUGAUACGAGGAUAAAGACUCGGGUUUCAAAUAAAGUUCACGGUGCAGGCGUUACAAGUAUUCAUAGUAAUGCAGCGAGAGAAUUUUUAUUAUCAUCUGGAAGUUAUGAUGAAAUAUUGAGAUUAUGGGAUACGAGAAACUUGAAGCAGCCAAUUUCAAAUAUCAAUCUGGGCGGCGGUAUUUGGCGUUUAAAAUGGGAUCCCUUUAAGUGGAAAUAUUUGUUCGCUGCUUGCAUGUAUAGCGGAUUUAGAAUAGUCGACUGCGAAAAUACUGAAAUACCGUCUGUUAUUGGCGAGUAUAAUGAACACGAAAGUAUAGCAUAUGGAAAUGAAAUGAGACAAAAAUGUAACUAUUAUGUCCAAAAGAUUGACAAUUUAAGUGACGAUUCAACUCUUUCCCAGUUAAUAGGUUAA